CAAUCAAAAUUUAGAAGUGUUCAAAGCUACCGUUUUUAUUGGUUUAAAAAUGACACGUGAUAAGUAUCACUUAUACUGAAAACUCAUUGGAAGCCAUAUUAUAUAGCUCCGUUGCUGAAUGAAGCGAAGGAAAAUAUAUGUCGAAGAUCGAUUUGGGAAGUCAACAAAUAUUUGUCAAUAGACUUUUUAAUAUAUAUAUGUAUAUAUUUUUUAUAAUUUUAUAAAACGAGAAACUAUAUAUACUGAAAUAAAAACUGAAGAAUUUGUUAUUAAAGAAGUUAAACAAGAAGAUAAAUUAAACUAAUCAUGGUGAAAUCAAUACUUGCCGUGUUGUGCCUCUUUUUUGUAUCUACAACUCAUUCAUCUAUAGUAGAUGUAUUUGAAGCAACAAAUGGGCACGAACCAAGAGUUGCUAUAAACUGCAACAGAGUCCCCUUUUUCAUUGACUUAGAAACUGGGGCUUGGCUAGCUGACAGUGAUGGGGCAGUUUCUUGUGACAACGAUAAGGAAGAAGUCAAGAGAUAUUGCCAAAAAAAGUACCCCAAACUCAACAUUACAAACAUUGUUGAAGCCAACAAGGGUGUCAUGUUCAAGAACUGGUGUGAACCUGGUCGUGUUCAAUGCACAGAUGCCAAAAAAGUUGUACCGUACAGAUGUUUGGUUAACGAGUACGAAGCUGAUGCUUUGAUGGUACCAGAUGGUUGCAAAUUUGACCAUUUACAUGACCAGAAGAAGUGCAUGACACAUGAUGAGUGGAAAAAAGAAGCAGCAGGAGAGUGCAAGAGAAAGUACUCCAUGAAGUUGAGAGAUUAUGGAAUUUUAUUGUCAUGCAAAACUGAUUACUUCACAGGUGUCGAAUUUGUAUGUUGCCCAAAAAAAUCUCAGAAAAAGCAUUCAAAAAAGACCAAGGUUGUGAAGAAAGUUAACCGCAAAGCUUUGUCUGCUGCCAUCAAGAAGUUUCAGAAGUAUUUGCCAUUGGAAACAAAAGGAUGUGAUAGAAGCUCCUACAUUACCAAGCAGACAGCAAUGGAGGAACAUCAUCGUAAUCAAAUUGCUGCUGUUGUGGAUGAAUGGGAUGAAGCUGAAAAAAGAUACAACAAAUUAAAGGUCACCGAUCCUGUUGCUGCUGAAGAGAAAAUGAAAAGAACAUUGGAGGUAUUUAGACAGACACUUGCUGCACUAGAACAAGAAUCAAAGGAAGAAAAGGCAAGACUUAGACAUGAACAUGCUGACUGCAUUAACACCCAAAUCUCAAAAAAUAAACGGGAUGCCAUGAUUGCAUACUUGGGUGCUAUUGAAGAGAAGCCUGUAAAUGCUGAAAAAAUAUUGAAAACUGUUCGCAAAUUUAUUCAAGUCUGCGAACAUGAUAGAGUACACAGCCUUCGACAUUUUGAACAUGUCAGAAAUAGAGAUCCUGAAAAGGCAGAGACCCUCCGUGUUGAACUCUUGCAGCACUUGAGAAAUUUAAACAAAGUUGUCAAUGAGAGCAUGUCAUUGUUGAACUAUUUACCAUCAAUUGCUGAACAGUUCGGUAUCAGUGGCGGUGCAGUGUUGAAACCAAAGUUGGAAACACCCACAGAUGACCACUCUGAACAUGACCAUGACCGUGUCAAGGAAAUCCUGGAAUCUGCCAAUGAAAGAUAUGGAGAGGAAAGUGUUGUGCCAACUAAAGAAGCCAAAAAUGCAGCUAAAGAAGAUGUUCCAACUGAAGUGAAACCAACUGUGGAAUUAGGUAAAACGUCCAGUGAUGAUGAUGACGAUGAUGAUGAUGAUGAGGAGGAGGAGGAGGAAGAGAAUAUCGGUGAGUACGAGAAAGACGUCGACACUGAACCCCUUGCAACUACAUCCACUACUGCUGCUCGCAAAGAAACCAAAACAACGGAAAAAAUGAUUGUUGCGGACGAUGGUGAUAAUGACGAUGAUGGCGACACCGAGAACUUCGAUUAUGUGAUCAUAGAGGAGGCUCCACAAAAGAAACACCACAAACGCCACCACAAGCACCACCAUCACAAGCACCACCGCCACCAUACCCGUGGUCACGUAAAAGAAUUGGGCGCCGACAAAGUCGUAAAAGACGUUGAGAAACAUGGCGUAAAACCCGUUGCUUUAUACGUCGUCAUCGGAUUAACCGGCGUCGUUUUAUUGAUCGUCCUUUUCCUUGUCGUCGUUUUGGCUGUCCGACGCCGACGUAUGACACCUACACGAGUUGUGUUGGCUGAAAAUAACGACGAGCGAGAGCAUCUGGUGGAAAUGCAAAAGAAUGGAUUCGAGAAUCCAACAUACAAAUUCUUUUAUUAUUAAUUUGCUCAUUAAGAACUACAAAGUACUAACGUUGGACGUUAUGUUGUAAAAAACAAACAGCGAACAUUAUAAGCACUUUAAAAACUUUUUUUUAACUGCAAAUUAUAUUUGCCUUAUUUAUUUGUGAAAUUUCGAUUUUUUAAAUGUUUUUCUUUUAUGUUUGGUGCUUUUAUAUAUGUUAAUGUACUAUAAACUAAACGGCGAUUUUUAUAUAUUUUAGUUGAAGAUGUAGCCUUAUUAAAUCUCUCUAUAUAUAACCCGUUUUAAAAACAGUGUCAUACGGAAAAAAAUCUAACCUAAGGUAGUUUGACCAAUACUCGUGUUUUUAAGUUUCUAGAAUGUCAAAAAAAAUCUCUAUGGUAAUGGAAUUUUAACAAAAUUUGUUCCACAUUAUAAAUUAAAACCUGAAUGUGUUUUUGUGUUAAAAACAGCGUGAUGUUGUUAAUCUUCUUUUUCUUAUUUCUAAUACGUAACAACCUCGUGUCCAAUGCCUUGAACUGUGAACAGGAAUUCAUCCGGUAGGGUUAAUACACAAUUCCACUGAGUAGACUAGGUACGAGGUUGUUUUCACUGCUAUUUUUUAUGGUAUAUGAAGACGAUUUACACUGACUGAUUUUUUGUAAUCUAAUUAAUCGUGAAAGGUUGUUAACUCGUUCACCUUACGUGUUCAUAGCUGAUUUAGAUAAAAAUAUAACCCUAUUAAUCGAGACA